AUGGACAUCUACACGGGCAACGACAAGGACUCGAUUGUGGAAAGCGAGUGGUUCCGGGCUUCGGACGCGUGGAAGCGUAUCGACACGUUCGACCUGGCGUCGGUGCUGUAUCUGUGCCUCUACACGAUUCUCCUCGUCGUCACCACGUGGAACCAUCGCAACGCGUGCGAAAAAGAGGCCGUGUUCGACCCGCGACAGCAGGCCCCCGAGAGCGAGCCCGACUCACAGAACAAGCACCAGGGCCGCCGGAAUGUCGAGAGCCGACUGAUCGAGGCGAUCACGAAGGCGAACCAGAAGAAGGACAAGGAAAAGGACACGCAAGCCGGCCCGUCGACGGGCCCAUCAAAGAGUACGGGACCAUCCGACAAGGACGAUGUAGCCAAGCAUCAGGUUGCGCCGGAGGGCCAAGCGCGGAAUGCGGCACGAUGUGCUCGAGGAACAGGAGCGCAUCCUGGAGGAGUACAUCGAGACGGAACAGGC